AACCAAUAGACAUUUCCCGACUUUAAAACCCUUCUUCCCUGUCUCCCUCCGCAAGCAAGCUCUCAAUUCGAUAUCCGAUAUCCGUUGAAUGAUAGAUAGAGAUUAAGAAAGAAGAAAACUUGAGCUAUGGAAGGUGAAGAGGGAACACAGCAGCCGCAGCUUGUGCUUGCAAACAAGCUCUUCCUGCUCACUCAAAACGACGUUGAUGACAUUGAAAAGGUCCGCCUUCGAGAUGAGGUCUUCCAAUUCAUCCUCGCCAACGAUAUGGCGCCGCUGUACGAAGCAUUAGUUGCAAUCAAAGUUUUGGAUCUGGAUCAGAAAGCGCUCGAUUCGAUGCGUUCAAAGAUAAAUGACGAGUUAAAGAAGCUCGAAGAGAAGAUUGCUGAUGCAGAAGAAAAUUUGGGUGAAAGUGAAGUUAGGGAAGCUCACUUAGCCAAAUCCUUAUUUUACAUUCGAAUUGGGGACAAGGAGAAGGCGCUGGAUCAACUAAAGAUAACCGAGAGCAAAACAGUUGCGGUUGGACAAAAGAUGGAUUUGGUAUUCUACACUCUACAGAUUGGUUUCUUCCAUAUGGACUUCGAUCUUAUCUCUAAAAGCAUUGACAAAGCAAAGAACUUGUUUGAAGAGGGGGGUGACUGGGAGAGAAAGAACCGUUUGAAGGUGUAUGAGGGAUUAUUCUGCAUGUCUACUCGCAAUUUCAAAAAAGCCGCCACUCUUUUUCUCGACUCCAUUUCAACUUUCACAACCUACGAGCUCUUCCCUUAUGACACCUUCAUAUUUUACACUGUUCUUACUAGCAUCAUAUCCUUGGAUAGAGUUUCCUUGAAACAAAAGGUGGUGGAUGCCCCAGAGAUAUUGACCGUUAUUGGCAAAAUCCCAUAUUUGUCAGACUUUCUGAACUCCCUUUAUGAUUGUCAGUAUAAAUCAUUUUUCACCGCUUUUGCUGGCUUGACCGAGCAUAUUAAGUUGGACCGCUAUCUGCAUCCACACUUCCGGUACUACAUGAGGGAGAUAAGAACUGUAGUUUAUUCCCAGUUCUUAGAAUCCUACAAGAGUGUUACUAUUGAAGCUAUGGCUAAAGCAUUUGGAGUCACAGUGGAUUUCAUUGAUGUGGAGCUGUCUCGGUUUAUUGCAGCUGGGAAGUUACAUUGCAAGAUAGACAAAGUUGCCGGUGUGUUAGAAACCAAUCGUCCGGACGCGAAAAAUGCCCUUUACCAGUCAACCAUCAAGCAGGGGGAUUUCUUAUUGAACCGUAUUCAGAAGCUAUCUCGUGUGAUUGAUCUUUAAAGUGCAUCCAUUUUUAUUUUUUUUUAAAGAGUGGACUAUUUUGUUGAUGUUGCUUCUUCUAUCAGAAUAUCUGAUUUAUUCAAGACACCAAUUGUUCUUUUAGGAACAUGUGUAAUGGGUUGAUAUAUGUUUUCAGGAUCAUGUUUUAACAUUUGAAAAUGUAUAAACAACCCUAUUGGAAGAUAUUGGUUAUGGGUAAUGAUGUUUGAUAAGUUUUGUGGUU